AUGGGUAACUUUUUUGUAAGUGCUUUUCUGGUUUUGGCAACUUUGGCUUUUCCGGGUGGUUUUCAGAAGAGUCUAUGUCAAGGUGAGGUUAAUCAGCCAAAGGAUUUUAUAAGCUGGGAUGAUUUGAAGGUGAAUGAGCAGAUGGCGAGGUUGAGUUCAGGAGACUCUUUCAAUGAAAGCAGAGUUAUUGUGGUUGACAAAAAUGGUGGAGGAGAUUCUGUUACAGUUCAAGGAGCAGUAAAUAUGGUGCCAAAUAAUAAUAAACAGAGAGUUAAAAUCUUCAUUCUUCCAGGAAUUUACAGAGAAAAGGUGAUCGUUCCAAAUUUGAAGCCAUAUAUUUCAUUCAUAGGAAAUGAAAACAAAGUCUUCGAAACGAUAAUAAGCUGGAACAACAAAGCUUCUGAUAAAGACAGCAAUGGAGCUCAACUAGGAACCUAUAAGUCAGCAUCUGUAACUAUAGAAUCUGAUUACUUUGCUGCAACCGGGAUUACCUUUGAGAAUACAAUAGUUGCAGACAACAAAGGAUUGGGGAUGCAAGCAGUAGCACUUAGACUUUCAGGUGAUAAAGCACUGCUCUACAAAAUCAGAGUCGUAGGAACUCAAGACACUCUCCUGGAUGAGUCUGGUUCACACUACUUCUAUCAGUCUUAUAUUCAAGGAUCUAUUGAUUUCAUUUUUGGCCGAGCAAGAUCACUCUAUCAGGGUUGUAUUCUUCAUUCCACGGCGAAAAGAUCAGGAGCAAUUGCAGCUCAUCACAGAGAUUCAGCCGAUGAGAACACAGGAUUUUCUUUUGUUGACAGUGAAAUCAGCGGAACAGGCAAAAUCUACUUAGGAAGAGCUUGGGGAAACUAUUCAAGAGUAGUAUAUGCCAACUGUUACAUUGAUGACAUUAUAAACCCUCAAGGAUGGAGUGAUUGGAACAAUCCUUCGAGGCAAAAGACCACAGUGUUUGGGGAGUAUGGAUGCACCGGAGGUGGAGCAGACAGAAGAUAUAGGGUUCCGUGGUCAAAAAACUUAACCUACAAUGAAGUGAAGCCAUUUCUCGAUACAAAGUUUAUUGAUGGGGGAAUGUGGCUUAGACUGUAA